UAUCUCUGUCUCAGGAAAACAACAAUGGCGUAUUCGGUAAACGUUUCUGUAGAAGCACCGAUCGAGAAUCAGAUUCAAGAAAUCACUUACGAUGGCCAAGAAAUUUAUCAAGCACCUCUUACCCUCUCUGAAAACUUGGCGAAAAUCGCGCAGAAAAUUGACUUCAGCAAAACCAAUGGAGAUGAUAUUAAGAAAGAAUCUGAAGGUGGAGAAAAGGGUGAAGAAGAAACAAAAGACUCAGCUUCUUUCCAGUUGUCCUUAUGGCCAUGGGACAGUGUUAGAAAUAAAUUGAGGAAUGCAUUGACAGAAGUGUGCGUACUGGCUGAUGUCCUUGCAAUUGCAAAAGAGAAGCAGUAUAUGGUUCUUGAUCCUGUGCCACAAGAUCCGGUAGAAGUAAAGUCUAUGAUACCAGUUUAUGCUAGAAAGAAAGCUCUGGCAGGAGCAGCAUCUGUUAUUAUGAUGGGUGCUGAUAGAUUAAAGAAUUGUCAGAAUGAAUUAGCUAGAAAUAGAACGACUCCAGAUUUUCAUAUUGAAUUACUGAGGUUGAGACAAAAUUGGCGUUUGAAGAAAGUUUCUAAUUCGAUCAUUGGUGACCUUAGUUAUAGAACAGCUGGUUCCAAGUUUCCUCAGACUGGUAUGUUUGAAGUUACGAAAGCAGAAGAAGAAGAAAAAAGCAGUAAUAGUCCUCCAGCUUCUCCUAGCACUGGUAACAAUAUGUCAGGUCAGCCACAUCCUCCAAAUUCUAAGGCUUCUGCAUUGCGUGUUACCAUACCUAGUGAAUUGCAAGGAGUUGCUUACAUAAAAGUAUUAUGUCAGAAAGACCAAGAAGACUUAUGUAGUGCAAAUAUUAGUUUACUUAAUAAUAGUGCACAUAGUUCCAAUGCAGAUAUGCAUUGGCAACAAAAAUUGGAGGCUGCACAGAACGUUCUAUUUUGUAAAGAAUUAUUUAGUCAACUAGCAAGAGAAGCGGUACAUUUACGAGCACCAAUACCUCACAUGGUUGUUGGUAAUCAAAUAAUGGCAACGGUACUUCCUGGAAUUCAGUUAAUCAUAGGACUUUGUCAUAGUACAGGGAACGAGAAAAAACCUGCUGUUCCACCUCCUCAUAAAAUUGAUCACGAUCACGUAUUAGAGCAUUCGUUGCAUCAAUUGUUACGUGAAGUACAUCACAAAAACACUCAUCAUCCGUUUCCGCAUCCUUCCUCGGGACCCCUUGGACCUAGCAAACGUAGAUGCUUAGCCGGUCCAACGGCCGCUGAUAGAUACGAACUGUUAGAAAUGACAAAAAGUCAAACUCUUUUGGAACAAAUUAUUCAACAAGCCCAACACUUUUUUAUGCGGCGGCGUACUGAAUACGUUUUAGAUACGAUAGCGAAAGAAGUUAAAGAUCCUUUAAUCGUUUCUCAUUGGAACGCAUUGAAUUCUCCUACACAAUCUUGCGUAAAGAUUAAUAUUUUAACCCAUGGAUAUGAUACUGUAUGCAGAACAUCGCUCGUUGUUCACGUGGGCGAAAGAUCUUUAAAAUGUGUCUGUCGAGACGGUAGAGUAAUGCAUAUGAGUUAUGAGCCUCAAGAAUUACGAGAUUUAAUAUUUUGUCAGAUUUAUCAACACCAAAUAACAGCAGUACAGUCAUUAGCAAAAUGUAUGGGUUGGCAAUUUUUAGCCAAUAGUUCUCAUCUUGGCUUAGGUGCAGUUGAACCUCUAGGAAAUGCCAGCAGUUGCAUUCUGGCUUCGCCAAUCGGUGACAGGAUGAUAGCUGUUAGGUGUGAACCACAAACAGGAGUACAAGUAGCAAUAGCUCAUUCUCCUAGGAAAGACUUUUUCCCAGGACAAUUAGUAAGAGAAAGGAAAUGGGAGAACUUAGGUGGUUCUUUCAAAGAAGUUCGAUGGGAUAAAAUGGAAGGAAAAAACUUUUUAAACAAAAUGGAGUUACUCAUGGCUUCAUUAACAAGUUCUUAAAUGUUAUCAAUGACUGAUUAGGAAUUUAAUUGUUCCACAGGGUGAAAACAAUUGUCAUACUUGUAGAUUUUAUUUUGGAUCACAUGCAGUAAUUGUAUAAUUAAACAUGAAUUUAUCUGAAUGGUACCAUGUCUGUGAUUAAUAUUUUUCAAUUUUAUAUUCAUCUAUAUGCUGCUCAAACAUUCUUUUUUUUUAAAUAAAAUGAUUUAAAAAUCAUUUGAAACAUUUUUAUAUUUAUUUCAAUGUUAAUAUUUGACUACAACUUAUUUCAUCCUGUGGUAUUUGUUAUUUGGAAUAAGGAUUGUAAUUAAGUGUAUCUUUGGUUGUACAAAAAUGGUUUUUAUUUGAGUGACAUAUGAAAUGUAAUAUGAAUCGAGUAAUAAAUCAUCAUGAAAUGGUAAGUGAAACACAAUGCCAAAUAUACAGAUGUGUAUUGAACAUCUAAAUUACAAUUGUUAAUGGAUUUUAUAUAUAUAUAUAGAUAGGCAUAUGUAUAUAUAUACAAAGUCUACUGAACAAUUCCUUAUGUAUUAUUAUUUGUAUAACCUUUUUGAAUAAUUUGUUUUUAGAUUUAAGGCUUGAAUUGAAAAUUUGCUCUUUCUUAUCCAAUAGACAUGUACAUCAUACAUGCAUACAUACAUUCUUACAUAUGUACAUUCACAGUUUCUUUUUUGUUUCUCUGAAAUACAAGAGGAUAUUGUACAUUUUAGUACUAUUAAAUUCUGAAUCGAAACAUCUUGAACUGGUUAUACAGUUGUUUCGAUGGGUUAAGGGACGGACUAGCAGCUUAACCACAGAAUUCUGUGCUAGAA